AUGUCUUUUCUUUCAACUCGAGCUGAAUUUGAGGCUUGUCUUUUACAAUUCUUUAAUGAAUCCAAUGCAUGUUCUUCAGAAAUAAUAAAAUGGCACUGGCAAGAAUCUCAAUCUAUUUUAAAGCAGACGUAUCUAAAAAGAAAUACAAUUGUUUUAUUAAAUAAACCAACCAUUGAUUAUACUUCUUUCAACUUGAAUGAGAAUCAACUGAUUGAAGAAGAAAAUGAUCCUUCAAUUAUUGAUCAACACAUGACAGAUAAUAGUAUUCAACUUGAACAUCACAUUGUCUAUUCUACAAGUUAUCAAGUGCCUGUACUUUAUUUUAAAGCCAAUUAUAAUAACGGGACGCCCUUGAGUCACGCAGAAAUAUAUAAAUAUAUUAUAUCUGAAGUUUAUCAGCACAUUGCCCUGUCUCAGAACGAACAUCCCAUUUUACUUGAACCUUUUUGGUACAUUCAUCCUUGUGAUACGCGUACUUUAAUGAAAACCUUUGAAUUCAAGUCUUUAGAUUAUAUAAAAGUUUGGUUAUCUGUAUAUGGUCCGAUGGUGAAAUGUUCAAUGUCAACAGACAUGUUUAAAUAA